AGUGAGAGCGAGCUACAAGGAGAGUGAGAGAGAGCUACAAUGAGAGAGAGAGAGUGGAGUGGGGUGGGUGAGCGACACGAGACGACACGGAUGGUGUGAGACAGCGAGAGAGAGCGAGAGACAGCCACAAGCACAUCUGGCAGCAGAUUCGCUUCUCAGGCGACAUUCACAAAACACGCAGUCGGAGGCUCGUCCCAUCCCCGCUUCGCGCGAGUUUUUUUUACUUGAAAAGGCAAACAAAUAUAUAUAUUUUUUAUCGAGCGAACGAUUGAAGAGGACUCAACGAGGACGGGGAGCGGCUGAACCGCCUCGCGUGGCGUGGGUCCAGACACCGUCACCAGAAAUGACAAAGGGCGUGGUGCUGACAACCUCACGGCACUUGUCCCAACAAGUCUGUCAAGGCUAUACGGGGGACCUUUGGUGCUGGCAAUGAUGUGGGGAGCGGUGUCAAGAGGCGACGAACCCCACCGACUCCACCUUCAAUCUUGCAGAGCCACCGUCGCUCCGAUAGCGGCGACGCUGUGACGGAUGCCGUCAAGGGGCAGACGAAUUUGAAUCUGCGCAUAUCACCACCACCAUCACCACCAACACCACCACCAUCACCACCACCACCAUCACCACCAACACCACCAUCACCACCACCAUCACCACCACCAACACCACCACCAUCACCACCACCAUCACCACCAUCACCACCACCAUCACCACCAUCCCCGUCCUGCCGCGCGACUUCCGCCGACUUCUCGGAGCCAAGAACCGCGACUCAUGGAGCCGACCAACUCGACCACCGCCGCUCAACAGCAGGCGUCGUCAGCGAGCGCUCACCCCAACAUCUCGUGCCCCAUCGACAAACACUUCCAGCGCGCCUACCUGCACCCCUUCUACAUCUUCGUCGCCCUGGCGAGCGUCACGGGCAACGCCGUGGCCAUCUGGCUCUUCUGCCGCGUCAUGAGACCAUGGAGCGCCAUCACCGUCUUCAUGUUCAACCUGGCCGUGGCCGACCUCCUCUACGCCUUCUCGCUGCCCCUCUUCGCCGAAUACUACGGCAACGACGUCGGCUGGACGUUCGGCGACGCCGCGUGCAAGGCGUGCCGCUUCGCCUUCCAGCUCAACCUGUGCGCAAGCAUCGCCUUCAUCACGCUCAUCAGCGCGCACCGAUGCCUCGGCGUCGCGCGGCCCCAUCGCGGCGCCGAGCUCGCGCGCGACCGCGGCCACGCGUGGCGCGCGAGCGCGGCCGCGUGGGCCCUGCUGGUGCCGCUGCUGCUGCCCACCGCCUACUUCAGCCGCACGGGCUACCGCGAGGAGCGCCUCGUGUGCUUCGACACCACCCCGGACUCGCUGCUCCACCGCUUUCAGCCGUACAGCCUCGCGGUGACCGCCGUCGGGUUCGCCCUUCCCCUCGCGGUCGUCCUCGUCUGCUACUCGCUCAUCGCGGUCGCGCUCGUCAAGAGUCCGUCCAUCGCGGGCCACGCCAAGGCGCGCACCUUCGCCCUCCUGGCCAUCGUCCUGUUCACCUUCUCGGUGAACUUCCUGCCCUACCACGCGCUGCGCAACCUCAACGUCGCGAUGCGGCUCUCGACGGCUCGCGGGGACGGGUUCCCGUGCCCUACCGUAAGGGCCGUCUACGUGGCGUAUCAGGUGUCCCGCGGCCUGGCGGCGCUCAACACGUGCCUCGACCCCGUCAUCUACACGGUGGCCACCGAGCGGGUUCGCGCCCGUAUCGUGAGCCAGCAGCAGCAGCAGCGGCGGCGGCGGCUUCAGCAGCAGCAGCAGCAGCAGCAGGGAGUGCCGCGCCUGUGCCUCAAUGUGUUGGCCGCGGAUUGA